AUGUUUGGUUUAGUUAAGACGUAUUUGAUAUGUAUAUUUACAUUUGCAAUAUGUCAAGAAACAAUUAAUUAUCGUGAUGUGAAAAUUUCUCAAGGGCCAGUACGCGGGUAUAGGGAAGGAAAUAUAUUUGUUUUCUAUAGCAUUCAAUAUGCAACAGUUCCAACAGGACGAGACUUUUAUAAGAACGCACUGCCUCCGCCAACGUGGAAUACAACGUUUGACGCUACGGAGCAGAAUAUUUUAUGUCAACAACCCGUUGAAGUAGCAGCACCACCUUUCGGAUAUCAAGUAAAAGAACAAUGCCUAAUAGCUAACGUAUUUGUACCCGAAAAUAUAACAAAGGACUUACCAGUGGUGGUAUAUAUUCACGGUGGAGGAUACCAAAUUGGAUCAGGAAAUAGACUGACGCCAAGAAAGCUGGUCGGUACUGGAGAAGUCAUAUCAGUAACUUUUAACUAUCGUCUUGGGCCACAAGGUUUUUUAUGUCUAGGUACGGAUACAUCCCCUGGAAAUGCUGGAAUGAAAGACAUGGUUACAGUAUUAAAAUGGGUACAAAAAGAUAUUCAUAAUUUUGGUGGUAACCCAAAUGAGGUUACGAUUGCUGGAUAUAGCGCUGGAUCAGCCGCUGUUGAUGUACUGUUACUUUCGAAAAUGACUGAUGGAUUGUUUAAUAAAGUAAUUAUAGAAAGCGGCUCAAAUCUUAAUGCUUUUAGUGUUCAAAUUGAUCCAUUAGAGAAUGCUAAAUGGUUUGCGAAAAAUUUGGGUUUCAAUAAUACAAAUGAUAUUUCUGCUUUGGAAAAAUUUUAUCUCAAUAUACCAUAUGACAUAUUAUCGUUGCAUACUGCGCCUCUAUUAACUAGAACCGAUGAUGUUAUGGUAUUUGCUCCAUGUGUGGAAAAAGAUCUUGGUCAAGAAAUGUUCUUAGACAAGAGUCCCGCAGAAAUAUUAGAGAGUGGAAAUUUCAAGAAACUUCCAUUGCUUUAUGGAAUUUCUGACUUUGAUGGUCUUCUUCACAUGGAUAGCUUUGAAAAGUGGAAACCAAAAAUGAAUGAAAACUUUCUGUAUUUUGUUCCUCAAGACAUUGGGCACAAUAAGAGAGAUAGAGAAAAGCUGGCUAAAAAAAUAAAAAGUUUAUACUUUGGCAGAGAAAGUGUGUCAGAUAAUAAUGUUCUAAAAUACAUUGAUUUUUUUUCGGAUGUUAUGAUAAAAUACGGAACGAUGAGAUCAGCUAGACUUCAAUUGAGAGCUGGAAACGACAAAGUAUACCUUUAUGACUUUACAUUUGUAGACGAAAGUCAACCAUUUAUUCCACAUACAAAAAUUCGUGGAGCGAUGCAUUGUGCACAAACAGCUGCUGUCUUAGAUUUGCAUAUUGAUGAAGAUAAGUUGUCUGAUGAAUACAAGAGGAUGAAAACUAUUAUGCGAGAACUGUGGGCUAACUUUAUUGCUUACGGAAAUCCCGUGCCAGAAGGAUAUGAUUUUCCAUCAUGGCCACCUAUGACGUCGAAAUUAUCUUACAUGGUAUUAAAUACUACUUCGGAAUAUAAACAUGCAUUCGUUUAUGAAAAAAUGAAGUUUUGGGACGAUAUCGUAAAGAAAUUUUAUAAAUAUCCUUCAGCACCAAAUCCAAAUGUGGAUAAUAGUUAUAUUUUUCCAUGA